GUCGGUGUUUACCGCUUGGUUUCGAUUUCCCCGCGUUCGCGCAGCAAGUUUCGGUCUGCCGCUGGACGUGACCGUGCGCGCGACCUUGCCUGUGCGCGUAAACGCGAGCACAUUCAUUGACGCGAAGGCUGCCUGCUCGCUCUCUCUGGUGCGGAGAUGACAAAGCGCGCUCUCUCUCGCCUCAACCAGUGGCGCUCCCGUGUCUUUGCGGUCGAAACCGAUGCUCAUGCUGAGCCCAUCUACUUCGCCCUGAGCUCGAGGCCCCAGCCCGAUGGGGGGCACUGCUUCCAGGGGGUGUUCGGAGGAGGGAAGAGCUACUCCCUGCACCUGUACGUGGAGGACAGGAUCCAGAGGGCGAUGCGCUUCGAAGAACUUCGACAUAAGUUGACUUGUUGCAUACCGAGAGAUGGCAAAAUCUGGGACUUGUCCUCCUUCCGCCCUGGUGUGAGGAGCUCUGUGGUCAGGGGCUUUUUCAUCAGGGACUUGCCUGCUGCCUGGGACACUGAGAAAGUGCUCCAUGAGCUCAUUCACAGCGACCAUGUGACCGUGUGCAGGUAUGUCCCCGCAGGUGAGGGCACCCGCUGGCGUCAGGAGGUUUUGUCCCCGGCUGGUGGCGGCAGGGUGUCUGUGGCGGAGACGUGCUGCGUGGUCCCGGCAGAGGUCCCUGAGAACCAGCCGUCCACUCUGGACAUCGUCGACUCCAACGUGUUCUACAGCUUCCAGGAGGCUUACAAAGUUCUCACAGAGUGUAAAGAUGUUUUUCCGGAGUCAAAGCAACUGCUGGACCUUGUGGACCGGCGCUUGGAGACGAAGGCCAAGGGGCCCUUUCCUGUUGUUGUCAUUGAAGGGCUGGACGCAACAGGGAAGACGACUCUGACGCAGUCGCUGAAGGAGUCGCUCGGAGCCCACCUGCUGAGGUCCCCCCCGCAGUGCCUGGCCCCGUGGAGAUCCUGCUUCGACGCCAAGCCCCCCCUCAUCCGCAGAGCUUUCUACGCCCUGGGGAAUUACAUCACUGCUGGGCAGAUCGCUGCCGAGUCAGCGCGGGGUCCGGUCAUCGUCGACAGGUACUGGCACAGUACGGCAGCCUACGCCAUCGCUACAGCCGUGAGGGGCGACGUGAACAACCUGCCACUCCCCGGGUCCGAGGUGUACCGCUGGCCCGGCGACCUGCUCCGGCCCGACCUGGUUCUGCUGCUGACGGUCAGUGCCGAGGAGCGGCUGCGUAGGAUCAGGGGGAGGGGUGGCGAGAAGACGAGGGAGGAGAUGGAGCUCGAGGCCAACAACCUGUUCCGCAGCAAGGUGGAGGAGGCCUACCGGAGGAUGGAGCGCCCCGGCUGCGUGAUUGUCGAUGCCAGCCCCCCUGCGGACCAGGUGCUGGAGCAAGUGCUGCUUUUAAUGAAGAGCCACUUGUAGAGGGAGCCACUCGCAGAGCCAUCAGCGCAAGUUGCCACCAUGGGCCAGACAGCAGGUGGCAGCACAGUGUCGCAAAUAGGCCCACUCCUUCCCUUCCCUCUCUCCAUUCAAGACUAGGGUCGGGACUCGACCUGCUCCUGGUAGUACAACUUCUGGCGCAGUGAUCCACAGGGGCGAAUGUGCUCCUCACCUCUAGACGAGUCACCGCUUUUCUGAUGUCUCUAGAGCCGCAUUUAUGAUAUGGAUCUCUGUCGAGGGUCACCUCGAACCCUGGACUUCUCCUCUUCCGUUUCCAAUAAAGAGCCUUGAGGGAUAACGGUAAAGUCCCAGGCUGGAAAACCAGAACUUCUGGUGUGCAACCACCCAUUUAUCAUCAUAUUUUUGUACUUCGCCAUGUAAGAAUAAUAUAAUAAGAGCAAUUAGACCGUGAACAGCACUA